AUGUCCACCCUGAUAAUACAGAGCACAGAGGUAGAGGGUUCCCCUCUCUCCUCCAGAGCAGUGUGGACAAGCCAGCUGGUGAAGAGGAUGGUGCUCGACUUACUGAAGGAGAUGAACCAGCCAACUCUGGCCAAACUCUCAGGGCUCUCACAGUCCAUGAUCAGCAACAUAGCAAAUGACAAAUACAAGGCAAUAAUCACCUCCGAGACCUGUAAGGAGUUUGGGGAGUGGUAUAUCAAGUACAAGACUGAGGAGAGAGUAAAAUCUUUUGCAAGUCCAGAAAAAGGAGGAAAUGUCACACCAUCAUCACGACUCACCUUUCACCCUAAGUAUGAGCUCCCCCUACUGAGAGGCUGGUUCCAGAAGACAAAGACCCCCAGCGAACCUCUACUCAUACAUUAUGUUAAUGAGCUGAACAGAGGUCAUGUGAGGCAAGAAAGGCCAAAGGUCACACUCGAUAAACUCAAAAUUUGGUGGAAAAAUGAGAGACAGAAGGAGAGGAAGCAGAGAGUGAAAGAAAAGGAGGCGUUGAACCAAAGUAACUCAGGAGAGACUAGGGAGGAAUCAACGGGUGGACCUCAACUGACUCAAUUAGGCCUUGAUGAAGGGCCAUUUGAAAGGGUUUACCAGUAUCCAGAUACAUGA